AUGUCGAUGAGAUUCGCAUUAUUGAUUGUUGUCAUUUCUCAAGCAGUUUCAUUAUUUAACCGUGCUGACGACGACGAUGAUAAUAAUAACGUCUAUGGAUUUCAUAAUCGAUAUCAAUCUCUUACUCAUCAACAAUUAGCUGAUCUUAAUGAACUUCUUUCGCGGAUAAUCGGUGAUGAAUCUACAUCAUUGUCAUCAGAAGAAGUUUUAUAUCGUAAUGCACGUCGUCAAUGUCAACAUUAA